AUGAAACCAAAUAAUUACAAUGUGAUGAUCACUACUCAACAUCCAUGGUUCAAAGAAAUCAAAGAAGCUAUUGAACAUGAAGCGCAUAGUUUUCAUUCUAUUAAAGCUGAUGGAAGGGUUCUGAAAGCUUUUGAUGAUUUAGAUGAUAAAGUUAUUGAAAAAUUAAAUGACACUACUCUUUAUCCCGAACUUGAAUGGGAUGCAACUGUGAGAAAUAAUAAUGAUUUAAGUGAAGGAGAAAUAAAAUUUAUUCAUGACAGAAAACUUUUUAUCCGUGAAGCAUUUGCAAAAUAUGUGGGAGUUGAUAUUAGUGAAAUUCAUGUUGAUGAUAUACCAGUAAUUGCAAUCAUUGGAAGCGAAUCUGGACUUUAUGAUUGCGGUGUAUAUCUUGCAGGUCUCAGUGGUAGUUGUUGGACUCUGGGUCAACUAUACACAUCAAUUGCUCAAUCACAUGAGAAUCCAAUUCAAGCAUUAGUCGAAUUUCAUAGAACCAAACUUUCACAUAGUAUUUUUAAUCCACAUGGUCUCGUUGAAGGAUUUGCUGAAACAUCUGAUCCACAGACAGCUGUUGAAUUAGUAUUUGGGUCUUUAAUCCGGAAAAAAGCUACUGGGAUAAAAUUAUCAAUUAUAGAUGUUUACAGUACAUUGUUAGCCGCAAAAAUUCUGAUCGAUAAGGAUCCCACAAAACAAUUACAAUUUGGUGAUUUUAAAUUGAGUGAACAAAGAAAAUAUAUUGAUGGUGGGAAGAAUUUAAUGCCUCUUUAUGUUUCAACAUAUCAUAAUCGUCCAUGGGAAGAUACUCUUAACGCAGAAGAAGCAGCAUUAUUUCCAAAUUACGAAGAAAUGUAUGAAAUACAUAAAAUGAAGAAAGAUUAUUAUCAGUGGUAUGAAUUCAAUCCUUAUGAAAUUGGAUGUGAUGAAACUCCAGCAUGGAUUCCUUCUUGGGCAUUCGGUAGAAAAUUUGAGCUAGGAAAAAAUGUUGAACGAUUUCCUGAACAAAGUUUAGGCUUGUUACUUGGUAUAAUGGGUGCUGCGCCUUCUGCUUCACUUCAAUCGGAAAUUCGAGCACUUGAAGAGGUUCUUCCUGAAGGAAAAUUUAAAGAUGAACUUAGAAAUCUUUACGAUGAAGCCAUGGAAAUUAUUGGAACUCAGAAACAAAAAGUAAUUGAAGGAUAUCAUCCAAUUCCACAACCAUAUAAUUAUAAUUUUUCAUAUCAUCUUAAUCCAACACCACCGUAUAAACUUGGACCCGCCAAUAAUGAAAUGACUUACUUUGGUGAUGCUGGAGUGUCAAAUGAUUUUCCCAUGUAUCCCGUAACUCAUCCAAAUAGAAAGGUUGAUAUUGUCAUUGGAUUCGAUUGUUCAGCUGCUGCCAUUAAUACAGAAGUAUUUGAGAAGAAACAAGAGAUUUUCUGUAAACGAAGAGGUUACAAUAAAAUUACUCGUGACGUGACUAAUGAAUAUUGUGAAGUUUAUGAUUUUAUUCCAACUGGUAAAACCAGUGAUGAAUUUUUAACUCCCGCGCAAAAACAAUUUGUAUUAUGUUACAUACCAUUCCGCAAAAAUGACAAGGUUGAUCCUAAUUUUAUACCUAGUAAAACAUUAUUUUCUACUUUAUUUAAUUUCUCUUAUACCACCGAUCAAGUGGAUUUAAUGAAUAAUUUAGCGAAAGCAAAUUGGUUGGAAUCCGAAAAUCAAGUUAAAGGAAUUAUCAUUGAUACUUGGAAGAAAAAGAGACAUGCACGAUUGAAUGGAAUUAAUUUUCCAUAA